GCUCUCGCGUAUGCUGUAUAAGCAUAUUAAAUGAUUCGAUAUUUUUCGUAAAUUCGUUGCGUUUGGAUAUAAAAAUGAUUAUUGAACCUUACAAUUUUUAAGGGUAGUGGAGCAAAUUCAAUUGCUUCACAAAUCAAAAAUACUGUUUCACGUAAAAGUGCGAGUGUUUGAAAAUACAUAGACUAUUUACUAACUAUAACUCUGUCUUCAUUCCAGUGUUCGUUUAUACAAAAAUAAAAUAAAUAUUCGAACUGUUACUUAUUUUGAUGAAAGAAGUCGAAAGCAAGAACCAAACCCGGGUGCUGCCAUUGAGCAUUUAUAACUUUUGUUAAGAGAGAUAAGACAAUAAUCAACAAACAUGGCAUCGACGAGAGAAAGACGAUCGAAUGCCGGUAACAAAAUGGCAAAAUUAUUGAACGAAGAAGAAGAAGAUGACUUUUACAAAACUACGUAUGGAGGCUUCGAAGAAGUUGAACAGGACAAUGAUUAUUUGGAAGAGGAUGAGGGUGAAGACGAAGUUGAUUCCGACUUCAGUAUUGAUGAAAAUGAUGAACCGAUUUCUGAUCCUGAAGCAGAAGGCCCUAAAAAGAAGCGUAGGCUUGUUACAAAAGCUUACAAAGAACCCGCCAAAGUCUCAACCGCUCAACCUCAAGCAGCACCUAAGGAAAAAAAGCCAAAACUGCCUAAACAAAAUCGGUUUAUGCUAGAUAGUACAGAAAGGAAAUCAAUUCGUCGUUCAACUGCUGCAAAAUCGGCAGCCACAAGAAAACGAUUGCGAGAAAGGAAUGAGGAUCAAAGAAAGAAACCAAAAAUAGUGAGGCACGACACGUGGAAACCGACUCAGGAAGAAUUGUUGGAAGAAGCGUUGCUCACCGAGGAAUUGAACAUCAAAUCUUUAGAAAAAUAUCAGAAAUUGGAAAAUGAAAAGAAAAAUACCAGAGCUGUUAGGAAAACCCAUUCGGAGCCAAUGAUUCGUUAUCAAUCAUUGGCAAUGCCGGUCAUGGUUCUUGCGGAUAAAUCAAAAGCGAAAGAAAAUACUCGAAUGAGCAUUCCGACCGUCGAAGCGCAAACUCUGCCAGUUGCAGAAGAAAAAUCGUCUGAACAGACUGCAGAAACGGAUCCGAAAGUAAACAACGAAAAACUCGGCGAACCAUCUGAAAUCGAAGUUUCCGAAGAACCAAGUUCAAAAUCGACAACCGAAACGUCAAAUGUGAAAGAAGUGAAACUAGAAGCCGACGAUACAGGAAUGUUCUACGAAAGAACGUUCGUAACUUUUGAGACUGAAAAAUUGUUCCUCGAGGCUAUGAAGAAAAGUCCAGCACCAAGACCCACAUUGCCUUCUCUGUGUGCGAUUACAAGACUACCAGCAAAAUAUCUUGAUCCCAUGACACAACUGCCAUACAAGAACGUUCAAACGUUUCGCUUAAUAAGAGAAGCGUAUUAUCAACAGCUCGAAGCUCGCAACGAUUUGAGUGACACGAGCCUGAGUCCCGAAUUAUUGAGAUGGUUGGAAUGGCGACAGAAAAAUAAUUCGAGCGGUGUUCCAUUAAGGAAUACCGUUCGUCUGGAGCCUGCGUCGAUAUUCUCGAACUCGUAGCUGCUUCUCGCAGAUAGUUUAACAAACUACGCAAUUACUUUCGUGCCCACGAAUAUUCGUUCCUGAAUUGGGGAUCACGGAUUAUUUAACUCUCGAAAUUAUAUUUUCCGACUCCUUCCACACGAAUUCAGUACGGAAUAAAACGGGAGUGAUAGUGAAAAAACGAACAGAAUACAACAUUUCCAACGUGCGAAUUGUAAAUAACGAUAAUAUAACGAGUGCCAAUCUAACUGGACAACACAAAUCAAGAGCAAAUGUACUAUUUUGUACAAUUCACGUUUCCAUUAUUCAGGGCUUUCAUUGCAAAGGUCAGAGAUGUACAAAUUGAAGAAUAUCACGUUGUCUCUGUGAGAUAUACGAGACGAGAAAUGAAUAACAAUAAAUUCGAAAAUCAUUUUAAAAGAUUGUUGAACAAAACUCAUUCACAACGGCAGUAACAUGAGAGCGAAGACAUUGUAACGGGGUUCCAAUCAAUAAGAAAAUACUUCGUGAUGUAUAUAUUUUUGUUUUUGUCGUUUUUUUUUUCAUCGUUAUUCGUAUGUUUUUUACGUCCUCUCUUAAAUUUAUAAUCAUUCCUUGUAAUUUAAUGUCGCUUAGAAAUAAAGUAAAAACUGUGUGGUGUUA